AUGGCAGCCGAAGGCGGCGCCUCUUCGAUUACAGUCACCGUUCGAGUUCGACCUUUCACAAUCCGAGAGGCAGCACAGCUCCCGAAAUGCGCAGACGGUCCUGUGUUCCUUGGUGAUGGCUCGCUAGCCGGAGCACCAAUCCCUAAGCUCAACCAGAAGGGGAUCCGGUCCAUCAUCAAGGUUAUCGACGAUAGAUGCCUGGUUUUCGAUCCGCCGGAAGACAACCCCGUUCAGAAAUUUUCGAGAAGCGUCGUGCCCCAAGGGAAACGCGUCAAGGACCAGACCUUUGCCUUUGAUCGAAUCUUCGACCAGAAUGCCUCGCAGGGUGAGGUAUAUGAAGCGACAACGCGAACUCUGCUCGACAGCGUCCUCGAUGGUUACAAUGCCACUGUUUUUGCUUACGGUGCUACCGGAUGUGGAAAAACACAUACAAUUACUGGUACAGCACAGCAGCCCGGUAUCAUCUUCCUUACCAUGCAGGAAUUAUUCGAGCGUAUUGACGAACGAGCGGGAGAAAAACAUACGGAGGUUUCCCUUUCGUAUUUGGAGAUUUAUAACGAAACGAUCCGCGAUCUUCUUGUCCCAGGCGGCAGCAAAGGGGGCCUAAUGCUUCGGGAGGAUACUAACCAGUCCGUCUCUGUCUCUGGGCUGUCAAGCCAUCAUCCACAGAACGUUCAACAGGUCAUGGACAUGAUUAUGAGGGGCAAUGAGUUUCGCACGAUGUCGCCAACCGAGGCAAACGCCACUUCCUCGCGGUCGCACGCCGUCCUCCAGAUCAACAUUGCUCAGAAAGAUCGCAACGCCGAUGUUAACGAACCACAUACCAUGGCAACAUUGAGUAUCAUUGACCUGGCAGGAAGUGAACGUGCGAGUGCCACAAAGAAUAGGGGAGAGCGACUGUUCGAAGGAGCGAAUAUCAAUAAAUCCCUCCUUGCACUGGGCAGCUGUAUCAAUGCCCUCUGCGACCCCCGAAAGCGCAAUCAUGUUCCUUACCGAAACUCGAAAUUGACGCGUCUCCUCAAAUUCUCGCUCGGUGGCAACUGCAGGACAGUAAUGAUUGUUUGUGUCAGUCCUUCGAGCCAGCAUUUCGACGAAACGCAAAACACUCUGCGCUACGCAAACCGGGCCAAGAACAUUCAGACCAAAGUCACACGGAACGUUUUCAAUGUCAAUCGUCAUGUCAAAGAUUUCCUGGUGAAGAUUGAUGAGCAGAUGAACCUGAUCAAUGAGCUCAAAGCUCAGCAGAAAGAGUCGGAGAAGGUGGCAUUCGCCAAAUUCAAGAAGCAGACCGAAAAGAAGGACGCAGCUAUUCGAGAAGGAAUCUCCCGUAUUCGCAACGCAUAUGAGCACUCAUUACAAGAGAGGCAAGAGAGGACCAACAAUAUGAUCAAAUUGAGACAGGUUAGCCGCAGGAUCGGUAUGCUGUCUUCAUGGAUCGCUGCAUUUGAUGCCGUUUGUGAGAAUUCGGAGAACAGGCAGCCACUGUCAAAUCUGCAGGCGAUUCGAAAAAGUGCACAAGGAAUUCUUCUUGAGUUGGAAGGUAGUCGGCAGCAUUACCACCAGCGGCUGGCCAAGAACAACUGGGAUCGGGCCAUGAACUCGGCUGUCGAGAACGCCGUCCGCCAACUUCGGGACUUUGAUAUUAGCGACAACAGCGACGUUGCCAAUUUCGACCGGGAGGCAGAACUUCUCCGCUCGAAUGCAGAGCGAGAGGCUCUCUCCACUGUGGCAGAGCAAGACAAGACAGGCGAAGCGGCAAUAGUGCAACUUCUCCUGCAAGCCCAAUUCGAAACCAUGGCCUCGAUCGAACAUCUAAUGGAGAUGAAUGAAGAGGAAGCGGUCGAGAUGGGGAAGAAGAUCCUUCUGAAGAUGCUCAACUCUUCAUCCACUGUGGCAACCAACGUCGUGAAGCCCGAUGGCGCUAUGCUACCCGCCCAACCCCUCAGUCCUUUGAAACUGAGUUCUCCUAAGCAGAAAAAGAGGCUGAGUGUAGCCCACCUUCCUGUGGCGAAAGCCCUGGACGCGCCGAUUACUUUCGCGCCCACAGCACCGGCAUCACCGACAAAAGGAUCUCCCCGGCGUCGUAAAGUGGGUGGUGGAAGAAAAAGCGUUAGCUUCUCACCAAAGAAGCCACAGACAAAGACAAUUAAAAGGAGUGUCCGAUGGAAGGACGAUGAGCAGGAUGGUGCUCUGACCGAGUAUCAGAAAACACCCCAAAAACUAUUGACGGAGAUUAUUCCUGAAGAAAGUCCUAGCGAACCACCUCUACCUCGAACCUCUCCCAUCCCUCGAGGCAUCCCGGUACCCAGCAGAAAUAUCAGCCCCUUCUGUUCUUCCCCAGUCCCACAAUCUUCUGAACCAACUCUACAUGUACCAAAGAACAAUCGCUUCAAAGCUGGCUUUUUGACAAAGAAACUGGGUAGCUCACCUAUGGCUCCGCCCCCAACUUCAACGCUCCCACUCUCUGAUACCGAAAGUUCCCCUCUGCGUGAUAUUGAAAAUAGCAGUUUCCUGAAUCGGAGCUCCAUUGACCGUCCAUCACGAAUCGCCGUCCGCACGUCUAGCGGAAGCUACUCCAGCAGUCCAAUGUCGGAUAGCAAGGACAGCUGGAAGGCUACCAAAGACGAUGCUAUCAAAAUAACUUCAGCAAUGAGACGUAUCUCAAGUGGGUCAUUCGGUCCUGGUGCUUCUGCCAAUGCUCUCCGUAUUCACCGUCGACGAAGUCCGACAUCCGGAACUUAUGGAAGCUCUCCAAGCGAAAACACCAUGUUUACUGCAUCGCAGGCAAGACGCAUGGUGAAAAGUGAGAAAGAGCCUGACCCCAAGCCCAGAGUCUUGAGCCCCCGGGCUCUUCCCAUCAUGAAAAACACCAGUCAAAGGCGGACUACAUUCGGAGGAGACUUCCGACCCCGAGAUAUCAGCCUUACAAGCAGGGACGCAAUCAGGCUCAGCGUCAUGGCUGCUCCAAACGUCGAAAGACCCCCAGAGGCUCUCUACCCCAGCUCUGGAGGCAGCUGGAGGUAG